AUGGAUAAUUGUUCAAUCUGUUUCUCGAAUGCCGAUGAACUUACUAUUUCUAUCGAGGAAUAUAUGCCUUGUAAUUCGACUAUAGCUAUUCUCAACCGUAUUGUAUCUUUAGAAAAGCUCAAUAAAAUAAUCAUUAAUGGUGAACAUUUUCCUUUUGAUAUAGUAGUUAAAAUAUUAUGUUUUACACCAAAUUAUUCUAAAUUAAUACUUCACUCUCUAUUACUAAAUGAAAUCGAUCGUACGUCGCUUAAAAAUGAUUCAACAUUUCGAAUGACGUCAAAUAAAAAUAAAAUAACAAACCUUACAGUUAAAUCGAUGUGCACUUUGGAAGAAGUUAAAUUAUUCGUAGAACUUUGUCCUCGUUUACAACAUCUUUCUAUGAAAAUCUUACAAGAAGAUUUUAUAUCGACUAUAAAAUUUUUACUAUCAAAACAUAACAAUGAUACUCGUGACUUAUUAACAUUACGCAUCCAAAAUACGGGAAAUAUAUGGUUUGCAAGAGUAUUGAUUUUACUUAAAUCAUUGGAACUGUCUGGUAAAAUCAUGGGUGAUCAUGAUUAUUUUUUAUGGUGGUAA